UGGACCACGCACGUUCAUCCAGAAGGUUCUCGCUACUUUUUAAAUAAAGACCAAGUGCGUAAAGUUCAUCGAUAGUUGAAGACUGGCAUUACUAGGAUGGCUACUAUAUGCAGAGAACAUUCACGGAAGUCAAUAUCUUUGACCUAGAAAUACGCAAGCUCAUCGAAGACCACAUGCGGUAUUUGUGGCUUGGGCUCAAGUCCGUCGUUGAACAAAAGAAGCCCAACCUCACCAUAACGCAGGUGGACCUUGUACUCGAGCUAAAGAACAGUGACACGUCUGCUAGCUCUGCCACCGUUUGUUGGUACUAUUUUGUCCACCACAAGAGCAGGUGCCUCUUUUGGUUACACGAUUCUGAUGUUGGACAUGUGCUCUCCGAUUGUAAAGGUGUCAAGAGUCUUUCACACAUUCGUGGGUGGAUCGUAGUUGUUAAUGAAUUUGGAUCUAACGACUUGUCCUGGUUCUCAUUGCCAGGGCUUGCCAUCCAGGCACAAUACUGGCUACAUUGGGAAUACUUCCCUGACCUGUGCUUAGUUUCACAAGACCAUGUCGAUGAGGUUAAGGAUAUGCUAAUACAUGCGACAUGUGAUCACAUAACAUCCAAGCGGUCUUCUGCGCUAGGCGAUGUCACUGAACUCAAGGACUAUAUUUCGGUGGUAGACAGAAUUAAGGUUGGUUCCAGUAAGAGAUAUCACGCUGCCAUUGUCAUUGGCCGCAUCAUGAAGUUAUUCAGUGAAAAUCAGUUUAUCAACUUUCACGGGGAGGAUUGCGUGAGACUUAUCUCUGACAAGACAGUCCAUGGUUGGGAAUACGCACCAUCACUGUUGAUGGUAAUGGUCGCACCCCUCCUUUUCUUGGACCCUGUGACACAAGUCCAAGAACUACACAGGGUUUUUGUAGAUGAAAUUGCUUCCACGGCACGGUGGAAUGCACUCAGUUUAAAAUUGAAAGGGCGACUUCAGGAUUCCAAUCUCUUGGCCACUGUCCUGCUCAACGUCAAUGUUGGGUUUCUCACUCUCGACACUGUUGAUAAGGGCAGUAAAUCUGCCAUUCAGAUGGCUUGCUACAUGUCCUUGGUGACGAGCUUGGGAAGUAUAAUUCUCGGCAUCUUCUUGGUAUGGCAUGAACAAACCUCUGGAGACAAUACAGCUUUGGAAGCAGCAUCAUUCGCAUUAAAACUUCACGACAAAAAGCACGGACUUGAAAAGCUGGCCAUAAUUUACAGCGUUCCAAAGGCGUUACUCAUGUGGGGGAUGGUCUUCUUCUUUGCGGCAUUCUCCAUCAAUUGGUGCAGUGCCGGAGGUACAACUUCCUGGGCCGUAGUUGGUGCUGUGAUCCUGAUCGUAUUCGUGAUGAUAUCAUACGGCAUCAUCCGCAUCAGGGAAGGAGAACGCUGGUGGUGGCGUGCAAUUGGCCAGCAACUAUCAUCCCUUCUGGCUCACGCUUGGAAACGAGUCAUGGAGUUCGUGGGGAUGAAAAGAGGUCAAAGAUGCGAGCCCCAGCCCGAUCCUGAAGAACCCAGUCUUCACACAUUGACAGGCCUCUCGCUAGUAAACUUAAACGUCGAGGCGAAUGUUUCAACUUCACAUAACUUCCAAUCAGAAAUGGACGGUCACGAAAAUCACUCUCACUCCUCUAUCCCUCGAACUCAGUCAUACCACUCUGAUGCCUCUAGGGCGUCCGAGAAUGAAGGACAAACAACAGCAGUAGCGAACGACACGGGCACUGCAAUAUUGUCUAGUUCAUAUCAUACAGAGCACAAGGAGAAUGCGAGAUACACAGACAACGUCGUCGGAGAGCCCGAAGAGGUCGAUGAUCGUCAGCCUUCGCCGAACACAACUCCAAUUCCAAAGUUCGUCGCUAGAAGCGCCACUAAUGAACCUUUCCGUUAUGCGACGGGACAAGAUGAUCAAGACAUAGAAGAGCACAAAGAUUAGGAGCUGAUUUUGGUGGCCAUGACAAAUCAUGAGAGUACCAACACCCUAGCUAGGUAGCUAUCGCCAGUCAGAACUACAUCUACUGGUAACUGUAAAACAUAUAUUAGAUAACUAGCUUAUAGGCCAGCUGCGAGGUGGACUAACCUCGUGGGGCGUCUCAUCACUGACGGCGGUAUGAUAUAUCAAUGGUCUGAGCGCACGGAGAUAAGUAUUAUGAGACUGGAGCUUGGUGUCAUGCUGCUUGAAAGCGA